AUGGUACCCUUUCAGAAAAGUGGCCGACCUAAAGGUGGAGACGCAAUGCCUCCGGGCGAAACUUCUGAUUCACUACCGGAAGGAGGUGCAGUGAAUGUAUGCCAAGUAUCGCAAGAAGAGACUAUCGAAGAAUUGGCUCAGCGCAUCGUCCGGGAGAAUCUUAGUGAAAUGGAAGUAAGAGAUAUGGCUAAGGCUUUAAUCAAAACAGCUUCCAAUGCAACCAGUGGACUAUCGCGUUUAUCACAACUUCGAAAAGAACUGCGCAACUUGAAUGCAUCAGAAAAAAUCAUCUCUGCUACCUUUGAUCCCAAGACAACCCGCUUAUAA